AUGGAUGAUGAUCUAUGUGGAAAAUUUGGUUCUUUAAGGAAGUAUUUACCUGAUGACUUGGGGCAAACAUCAUCACUCGAUUUUUAUGAUAAUUCGAAAUUCGCAAAAUAUUGCCCUGAAAAAAACUGCAAUACUGAUCUCGAACAAAUUGCGAUUGGAUUUUUAUGGUUACUUGAAGAAUAUUUUACUAAAUACUUAGAUAAAGGCAGUAUUGAAAAAAACGCUAAACCAUUUUUUCUAUAUAUUAUUUCAUGGUUAAGUUACAAAUUAAAUAAAAAAUCAAAGGGUAAAUUCACUACAAUAAACGAUUUUUAUACUAAUCAUAUAAAUCAUAGUGAUAAAUAUAAACAAUUUAGAGAUGAUUCCAGUAAAUUUACAAGUUUUAAUGAAUUCAUAGAUGGACAAAAAUAUUUGUUUGAUAUUAAUAUUGAAGAUCUGUCUAAAUUUUAUGAUGUAUUCAAAUUAAUAUGUGAUAUGUAUGGUAAUGUUGAAACGAAUAAACAUGAAAACCUGCCAAAUAAUGCGAAUGAUUUUAUUAACAAAUAUACCGAGCUUAACAAUAACUGUAAUAUUAAAGGUGCCGCACGUAGUAAAAUAUUUUCUGCUUUAUCAACUAAUUAUGAUAAUUUUAAAAAUUAUUGUACUAGCAAAGGUAUUGGAUGUAAAGAUUUUUCAUCCCUUCCAGAAAUAACAGAAUUUUCUGCACUAACAUCUGGAUAUACAUCAAGUUCGUCGAUAGGAAACAAAUUAUUUACAGUUUUAUCGAUAUUUGGUGCAAUAGCAUUUUUUUUAGGAAUUUCUUACAAGUAUUCGUUAUUUGGAUUUCGGAAACGAGCUCAAAAGCAAUAUUUAAGAGAAAAAAUAAAAAAAAUAAAGAAGAAAAUUAAUCAUUAA